AUGGAGCUCAAAACUCGUGUGUUGAGGUCCAAGCGUCUACAGAAGCUAGUAAAACGUCAGGCAAGACUGGGGAAUUUAACCGUUCUAGACAAAACACUCAACACGUCCAGCAUCGAACUUUCUCUCAACGAGAAUCUUCACUUGGGUUACGAGACUAUACAGAAGUACAGCCAGCUGUUGAUCAAGGUCAGGAGGAACGCAAGAAUCGCAAGACAGACGAUGCGUCAAACGAAGAACAAACUGAGAAACCUGGCAGAUCAGCUGCGUCAGGAUAUGACGUAUCGCGGAGAACGUCCUUUGAGGAGCCAAGGAGUCCCAGGCGACGCGAGGAGUGCACGGGAUCGCCGACGAGCCAUGGACGAAGUCGAGAAGGCCAUAAACGACUACGCAAUAAUCCGGGAGAUCGCGGGGUAUUUGAACAAAAUGAGCGUUCUCUAUCCCAUGUACAACGAGUAUGUUCAGAAACUGGCGUCCGGAGAAACUGAAUGUUGACAGUUUUACAAACAUCUGCUAUUUAAUUUUUGUAAUACUGACAAAUUAAACUCCGCUUUUUUUUUUUUUUUUUUUUUACAUAAACUGCAAAACUAUAGUUCCCACGGCAUUUUUCACGGCAUAUUUGGUUUGCCGACGCCAAUUUCUAAAUUAAUUGCCAGGGUUGCCUACUUGAACGUCUUUAGUUUUUACAUUUUUAAUUACAUUAAAUGGACCUACAGCACAUACCUCAGUGGGAAUGUGGUUAUUAUAUCGAGGUAGAAUACAUGUACGAUUCCGAAAUGUCCGUUGUAGAUAGGUGGUUUUAUACAAUGUGCUUUUAAAGCAGAUUCUGCUGUACAUAUAUUUAAUAAUUGUAAUUAUAGGAAUUUUAUAUGCAGUUAUCUAAGCAUUGGUUUAUGUAUUUUACAAAUCAGUUGUGUUACUACAUAAGUAUUUACAUUUUACAUUUGCAAUUUUAAUAAUGUACAUAAACACACUAAUCAAUGAUGAAACGAGUGAAUGGAAUUCCAAUAGACGAGUGAAUAGUGACACACACACGCACGCACACAGUCACGCAUACACACACGUACGUUGUAAAUAUUUGUAUAUCUUAUAGCCAUGUUACACAAUGUUUUAAUUCAUUGUAUUUUCUCAACCAGUGAUUGUAUUUGGA